AUGGGAGGCGCUGCAGUCGGUCCUGGUCGCGUGGACGCCGGGGUGGAUGCAGUGCGCCGGCGACGGCUCCAUUGUCCUCGACUCAUCAGAUCCAACCUCUUGCCCGCGCCGGCUGCUGACGGAGUAGUCGCUGAAGGGAGGCCCGUUCUUGCCGACCACUGGCGUUGCGCCGUGCUACCCAGCCUCUGCAACUGCGCCGUGAUGGUACUUGAGAAGGUUGUCCUUCCACUCGAUGUUGCACCUCCAGCAAAGAGGGGAAUAUGCAUUGUGUUGCCAUCUCCUAAUGUUUGGUUCUCUCUGAAUUUCUGCAUCAUAAUACAUCGCCGCUGCAACCAAUUAAUUCAGCUUCUCGGACGAGUGUGCUUCGUAAUCCAGACAUGGAGAAGCUUUAGAAUGGUUACUUAUUCCCAGAGGAUUAGCAUGAGAUGUGAAGCACACCAGAAGAAGUACCCAGACGCCAAGGUCAUCAGUUUGGGCAUCGGUGACACGACCCAACCCAUACCAAGCAUCUUCACAUCUACCAUGACCGAGGUAUCUAGGAUUAUUGAUGGUGACAUGGAUGAUUCCUGUGGUCUGGAGAAGGUUGCUUCCAGUCACUUGCCUGGCUAA